AUGAAGUUCACCGCCGCCUGUGCCCUCACGCUUGGUCUCCUUGUCACACAAGUGAUGGCUGACCCUGAUCCAAUGCGCACCGAUGUAGAGCUUGAGCUUUCCUGCAAGAAUGUCAAGUUCGAUAGACUCACUCUGGAGGAGCAGGAAUUCUCGGCCAAAAUUUUACAAGACACGUACGACGCCAUCCAUCUUAUUGCUGACAAUGGCGAUCAGGAGCUCGGCAACGUCCAUUUUGACCAUCCCGUCAUGAAUGGGCGUUCCGUCAAGGCUGACGGAGAUACCGAGGAAUGGGUGCAACGAUGGAGUAGCAUUAAUGGCGCCUACUUUGGAGGUUGGGUUUGCCGUUUUUGCUACGAUCCAGACGAUUUUGACGAGACUCUAAGCGCCGAGAGUAACAAGAUGCUCGGUAGCAGAAAGACCCAGAAAGAGUGGGAGAAGGCCGUCACCAAGGCGCUCAAGGAUGGUCCCUUCACUACCUUCAGUCGAGCCGAUAAGUGUUCCAUCGACAUGCGUGCCGCCAACGAUCUUGCCGAGACUGUGGUCCAAUUGAAGGUUACGGAAGAGGACGAUCCCGAGCCUAGCGAGACCGAUAUCGAAAUUGAUGUUGGGUGUAAGGGCCUUGACUUUCGCAAGUUUGACCUCCCGAUGGCUGCCUUUUCUAGCCGCGCGCUACAGGAAUCAUUCAAUGAGGUCCAUCAGCUGGCUGACGACGAUGACAAUAUGCUGGACCACAUCCACUUUGGUGGUGCUUUGGACAGUACAUUAGAGACAAACGCCCUUCGUCGUCGAAAACCUUUUCGACGUCACACCAAUCGGUGGAGUAGCGUCAACGGCGCGUACUUUGGAGGCUGGAUCUGCCGUUUUUGCUACGACCCGGAUGACUUCGACGAAACUUUGGAGGGUAUGGUAUCCACUAGCAUGAUUGAGAAAAAGAACAGGAAGAAGAAGAAGCGAGAUAGUAGCGACAUGCACAAGGCCUGGGAAGACAGGUUUCUUGCCAAGCUUUUGGACCAUCCGAAACAAGUGUUCAAGAGCGCCAGGAAAUGUAGCAUCGAUUUUUCUGACAAUUCGGACUGGGCUUACGCUUCUUCCCAGUAA